AAGAUCUUGAGCGGCCGACGCUGUGACACGAAACAAGCGCUCCUCCUCGCCUUGUCUGCUUUUGUGUGUCAUCCGCGGCGCGAUGCAGUUUGGCUCAGCGGCGGCGGAACAACUGCCUCUGCAGCGGAUGCCUCUGAUUCGGCUGUCGACCCCGAAACCGAGAUUUAGAACAUAUUCCAUCUAUGAGGAGCGAAAGGGGAGUCAUCGGGUCAUGUUGAGAGCCAAAGCAGCUGUGACGUUCACUUGAGGGUGACGCCGUGUAUGGAAUGACAACCUCACAGAGAUACAUUGAAUCCAAACCAUCUGCCCGGUUUGCUGACAUGGAGUGGCAAACGCCGGACAUGUCAGAAAAGUUCCAGAGUCGCCUUGGCCGCCGGCCUGGAACGUCGGACAGUGGGGACACGGGUCUUGGCACGUCAGCGUCUGACAGCACAGAAGAUUUCUGCAGUUCCAGGAGCAGUCCCUCUUUCCAGCCCAUUCGAAGUCAGAUCCAGAUACCCACGGCACAUGUCAUGCCAUCCACGGCCGGAGCCCUGGCCUCUAAGCCCCAGGCAAACGUCCAGGAAGAGUCCAGAUCUUCUUCCACCUCCAGAACAUCCAGUGGCUCCACCUCCAAAUCUUCCUGUCUCUCCAAAUCAGCAUCCUCGCCCAACCUGGAUGCCCAGACCGCUAUGGGAAGCGAGCACUCUGGGCCAAAGUCAGACUGCCUGAGCCGGUAUCGAAGCCUUCUUAAUGGGCUGGACCACUCGCUUUUCCCCACAGAUCACACACGGAUGGAUGAGGGCCAGAGGUUUGACACGCCUGCCGUGGAACCGACCAUGAACCAGUCGGCCUUCUUGGGGAGCUUAUGUCCUGAUGUCAGACUCCGAUUACAGACUACAGGGAUUAGAGAGAACUCUGACUGUGCCUCUGAGGCUUACAGAGGAGGCGUGGAGCACAACUAUAAAGUUCUUCCAGAGGCCAGGCCUGGAGUUUCCAUCCCCGGAGUUUCCAUCCCCAACGACCCCUCUAAUCCCAGGUCCAGCCAGCCUGCUGGCGUUUAUGCAAGCCCUCUUAGCCUACAGACACAGGCUCUGUUGAGGGAACAUACGGGAACCAAAGCGUACGAUCCAUUACGCCAGGACCGGUGUGGUGAAAUAUUGGGCUGGCAGCAGCAGCAACAACAUAAGCAACAGAUGGACAGCAUACGCAUGCAAGUAGAACAAAUGCAGUUGAGUGCUGGUGUGGGCCAGUACCCGUCUUUGUACCCCACAGCCAUGCACCCGGAGUCUGGCAAGUGGGACGCUCUGGUGAAAGCCAGUGAAGGUCUGCUAAAGGAGAAGGAGCUUAUAAUAGAGCGACAAAAGCAGCAUAUGACUCAGUUGGAGCAGCGUCUGAGGGAAAGUGAGCUGCAGGUCCACGGAGCAUUCCUGGGCAGAGGCGCUCCCUUCGGGGAUAUAUGUUUGUUACGGCUACAGGAAGCUCAGAGGGAGAAUGCGUUCCUGAGGGCACAAUUUGCUGAGCGCACAGACUGUGCCGCCCUGGAGAAGGCAGAGGCCGAGCGGAGGCUGGGCGGAGUGGAGGCCGAGACACGCCGACUGACUGACAGCCUGAAGGAGACAUGCGAGAGGCAUACAGAGGAGAUGAAGAAACAGGAAGAGAGGAUUAAGUGUCGAGACAAGCAUAUCAGCAACCUGAAGAAAAAGUGUCAAAAGGAGUCUGAGCUGAAACGAAAGAAUCAGGAGCGCAUUGAGACUCUGGAACGCUAUCUGGCUGACCUGCCUACCUUAGAGGACUACCAGACCCAGAACAAAGAGCUUCAAGAGGCCGAGCAGCAGGCAGCUCGGCUUCAAGAUAAGGUAAAAGAGCUGGAAGCCUCUUUAGAGGCGACACGCUCGCAACUUCAAGAAAAGGACGCACAGCUGGAAGAGCAGAAGCGAAGGGAGAGAGACCUGCUGACCACCAUUACUGAUAUGCAGCAGCGGGUGCAACAGGGCCUUGAAGAUGGAGCCCGACUGCCCUCUCUGGACAUUGAGAAGCUCAGAGGCGAGAACAAUACUUUAAGAGAAGAGCAGCAAAAACUUAAGAAGGUUAUUGAGAAGCAACAUAGGAUGAUGGAGCAACUUGGUUCUCAGAUCCAGGCCUUGGAGGUGCAGAUAUCUCAGGAAGAGAACACUUCCCGAGCUCUUAGAGCAGAUAUAUUGGCCAAAGAGCAGAACAUGUCUGAGCUCCACAUAGCCAUGAAAGAGAUCGCUUCCCAAAACCAGGACCUGAUGGAGCAGAACCUGACCCUGGAGGAGCAGAUGAGCACGAAUGAGGCCUCCUCGACUCUGCAGCCAGCUGGUGCUCACCUGACACAGAGGCUCCUCAAGGAGCUCGCUUCCUGCCUCAGCGACUUACGCUCCCUGUGCAGCAUUUUGACGCAAAGGGCUCAGGGACAAGACCCCAACCUCUCCGUGCUGCUAGGACUCACGUCAACCAUACCAAUGGCGGAGAACGAUGAGGACUGGAUAAGUCCAGAGGUGCUACACAAAAAGCUGGUCGAAGCACAACAGCUCCGUCGUGAUGUGGAGGAGUUACGUAACGUAAUACGGGACCGCUACGCACAAGACAUGGGUGAUAACUGCAUCACCCAAUAGCUUUGACCCGUUUCACCUCAGGGGCAUCUACAUCGGGCUUGACUUUCUAGCCUAGUUACUGAAUGUCUGGAUGCGGAGUGGGUUUUUAAUUUUCUUGGAAUGGAAAGCCUAAAGGAUUUGGCUUCUUUUGACUGACUCUAUGUCACUUUUAGAGCCUGUUUGUAGCACAGUCUUCCCAUCCUACUGUUCAGUUCAGCCAUUUCAGUCCAAGGGCUAACGGAAAAUAACUUACCUCUAAUACUUGAUCCUUGAAUAUUUUUAUUAUUAUUUUAAUGUGAUAUACUAUCAUUUACCAAACAGUCUUAACCUUUUUUCACUCUAUAGAAUAGAUAAUGCGUGUGUAAAAGUCCCUAAAAUCUAAUUUAUUUAACUCUAGAUUUCCCUCUUUAGGGGAAAAUUCCAAAAAGCGGUUGACAAUCAACUGAAAAUAUGUUUUGUCCUAGAGAUGUUGCCAUCAUGCCAUUAUUUAAAAUGGUGACAAGUGAAACAUCUGCUAUGUUGUGAGGUAGAAGACUUUGUACCAAACCAGCACUCUACACCAAUGGGCCUUCGUCUGUUCAAACUACCAAAGAAAGCUGGUCGAGGCAGUCGUGCAACAUCAGAAUGUUUGCGUCUCCCCCCCCCCCCCCCCCCCCCCCCUCUAAUCCCUCUCCAACUCCUCCGUCCACCUCUGCUGUAGACCUGGCUCUCGCUGAACACCGUCAGGUGCCUUUCUUUCGCAUGUGUGGUUACGAUUGCCAUUCAUUUUAGACCAAUCGGAGGCUGCUCACAGCUCGCUCUUCCAGUAUGACAUGUCUCCCCCGAGCAUCAGCCACUAGGAUAAUGGUACGAUAAUUUCCAUACAUUCCCUGACUCUGAAUGUAACAUGAUGUAGGAUGUUAGCGCUCUCUGCUAGACGUGUGGCGUUAUUAUUAGUCCAUGUAUAUCUGUUCCCAUGUACAUUUUAAGGUUGAUAAUGGCUGACUCGUUAGAUAAAUAUAGGAGUGAGAAACAGUAUUAACCUUCAGUAUUAAUUUAUUCUUGUCUGGACUGAGUGUGAAAAUGUUGCGGGCCUCCUAAUAUGUUGCUGUAUUGAUUCGCUUGACAUUAACCACGUGUAAAGGUUCCAUGAAGUGUUUUGUUUUGUUUCCACAUUGUGAUCUGACAUGUUAUAAGUUUGAUUGGAUGUUAGUUCAGAUAUGUUAGAAGGGACAUCUUUUAAUCCUACGUGAUGCGCAUGGGGCUGGCUGGAUCACCCCAAAGUUAAUUUACAGGAUGGAAUGGAUUUCUACAAGUUUUCCCUGUCAUGAAACAAAAAGCCAUUUUAAGAAGACCACAUAGGGAAUGAAAAGGGACUUUUCAGACACAAAUAUGCAAUAAUUGUCCAGGACACAAGCCGUUUCAUGGGACCUUUUAACCUAAACAUGCACAAAAUUGAGCUUUGGAAAGUCGGGCUCUGCAUGCCUUAACAUCUCAAGUUUUUCAAAAGGGAAAAUUGUUUAUAUGGUCAUACGUUUUGUCCUUUGUAAUGCCCUAUUUUAGAAAUAAAGAUGUUCAAUUUUG